ACCUCCCGCCAGAUCUUCCACCGUAUGUACGCCUACGUCGUCUACCGUAUCGCCUUGUCUCUCCAUCUCGAGAUCUUCUUGGGUCUCUGGAUCGCCAUCCUCAACACCUCUCUCAACCUCCAGCUUGUCGUCUUCAUCGCUAUCUUCGCUGAUAUCGCUACCUUGGCCAUCGCCUACGACAACGCUCCCUUCUCCAAGACCCCCGUCAAGUGGAACCUGCCCAAGCUCUGGGGUAUGUCCGUCCUUCUCGGUGUCAUCCUCGCCAUCGGAACCUGGAUCACCCUCACCACUCUGCUCGUCGGCGGCAAGGACGGCGGUAUCGUCCAGAACUUCGGUCAGAUCGACCCCGUCCUCUUCCUCGAGAUCUCCCUCACCGAGAACUGGCUUAUCUUCAUCACCCGUGCCAACGGUCCUUUCUGGUCCUCCAUCCCAUCCUGGCAGUUGUCUGGUGCUAUUCUCGUAGUUGACAUCAUCGCCACCCUCUUCACCAUCUUCGGCUGGUUCGUUGGCGGUCAGACCUCCAUCGUCGCCGUCGUCCGUGUCUGGGUCUUCUCCUUUGGUGUCUUCUGCGUUCUCGGCGGUAUCUACUACCUCCUCCAGGGCUCCACUGGCUUCGACAACAUGAUGCACGGCAAGAGCCCCAAGAAGAGCCAAAAGCAGCGAUCUCUCGAAGAUUUCGGUAAGCCACCACCACCUCCUAACAUACUCUAUGCAUCCAUUCAGCUACUAACAUCCUCGUCUAGUUGUCUCCCUCCAACGUGUCUCUACCCAGCACGAGAAGAGCGCAUAAAUGAACAUAACCCCUAUUUCCCAAAACGCGCUAUCUUAAUCCGGAGGCUGCAUUCCCUCUUUUCUUGCCUUGUUUAA